UGUUAUUGUGUCGUGCAGACAUGGCGGCGCUGUCAGUCAGUUCCUCUGAGUGCUGCUGCACACUCAAAAAGACCUUAAAAAGAUUACUAUCCAACACGUCUGCCUCCCCCCGAGCACGAACCCGCUCGGAACCGCUUUACGUGAUCUCUCUGGAGCGCUACGGCAGAGACGCAGACUUCGGCGUCAGUUUCCCGGACAGUAUUUCGAUGUCAGAGAGUCUGUUUGACGCCACUAUCACGGAUGGAGACUGUAAGAUUCGCGUGUCUCUGGAUCCCGCAGUAAACAGACUCAUCAGCCUAAACAAACUUCACUGCGGGUCCGUCGUACGGAGUGUGGAGUUCAGCCGCGGGGAAGACGGCGGCUCUUUCCAUGUGUGCAGCCUGGAGGUGGACCGACUCUCCGGAGGGGACGCGGCUCUUCGGACGCUCUCCUCCGUCAACGUGAGGUCCAUUCCGUGGAUGGGAACCGAGCCGAGCACGCACCCGCUCAGAGCCCGCAGAAGCUCAUACCUACCGCUGUGGAAUAACCGCGACUUCUAUGGAGAGAUGUGGCGGGACACGAUCCCCUCUGAACCCGACGCUGAGGACUCUGGAGAGGACAUAGAUGAUAUCGGGUCCACAGUUUCACUCGCAGAAGUACGUCGGCGUUUCUUGAGUGGAUCUCGCCGGUUCCGGGGCGCCCUGUGUGUGCGGAUCCUUCACAAAUCCAGACUGAUAUAUUAUGGGAAAGCAGAUCAGAAUUGUGAAUGUCCCUAUAAGGCAGAGUUGCAGGUCGGUGAUGGCUCAUCCACCGCUUGUGUUGUACUGUGGAACACAGUCUGUAUGGAAUGGUACCGAAUCCUACAUCCGGGUCAAGUUGUAAGAUUGCGUCACUACAGAGUCAAGGAGAGUUACGGCAACCGCACGGGGCAGGAAUCAGAGCCACACAUUGAGAUCAGUCUUAAUUCCAGGAACCCCACUGCUCAAAUUACUAUCAUCCCCAAGAACCAGAUUUCUCCAGAUUGGGUUUUGCCAAACCUGCCUCAUUCAUUCAUCAGCAGGCAGGAGCUUCCUAGUUGUCCUCAAGGCCACAUCUGCGAUGUCCUCGGUGUGGUGAUCUUUGUUGGUCGUCCAGAACGUGUCAGGAAGAAAGAUGGGCAAAGGUCAGAGAUCGAGGAGUAUCGGUGGCUCCAACUUGUGGAUAGAACAUCAGACAAGCCCAUCAUGAUCAAGCUCUUCUCCACAUCCCAGCCUGACAUUCACAGCCGCGUCUAUCCAAUGGCUCUGGUUGUCUGCACCAGACUAAAGCUUAUGAGAAGUGCAGUUGACAGAGCUACAACUUUUGAAUAUCUCACCAACACGUCUCUAACCCAGAUUUACUGCACAGGCACAGGGUCUCACCCCGUGAUGCCAUACAGAGGUGUCCGGCCCAUCCGCCAGUUUCUUCACUGGCUGAAGCAGGUCGAUGAGAACGGCCUUCUGGAAAGAGCUGUGAUUGGAGGAUAUUUCAGCUACCCACCACUUCCUGUUUCACUGAGUAGCUUCAUGGAAAACAGACAAGGGGAAGCUGGUCUCAUCAGUGGAGGAGAGAUGAAAUUAGAGUGUGAGAAGUUAAAUUAUCGAGAGAAACGGCAGUUUGCUCUUCAGUGUGUGGUCACUGCCGCCUGCUACCACCAUAGAGAGAGCAAUGGGCGAACACAGUGUUCAGAUCUCCCAUCGGCUCCACUCAGCCCUAGAGUGCCACGGCAGAGAGAGGCGUCUGAACCUCACAGGACACCAGUAAAGCGGAAACUUUUCGGCAGUACUAGCCCGAGAAAGAGGUUGGCACCACCUCUGCAACCAUUUGCAACAGAGGAUGACGCAGAGAGGGAUUUUUCUCUGUUUGACGGCGCCAUGGAGUUUCUAGUCGGAGAACAGGAUGAUGAUGAUAGCAAUGAUGAAGAUGACGACGAAGAUUUCUCGACGCCGCCCACUAGUCCCAUGACCUCACGUCUGGGACUGACACGGGUCGCCAUGGAAACUUUGCCACGGGUUUUUUGUUAUGAGCGACGACAUGUUCAGGCUGUUGCCGUGGGGAUGCAGGUUAACAACUUUCACAAGCUCCUCCCACAGAGAGAGCUGGAGUCAUUUAGCCCCGCCUCCUGCUACACCGGCUACUUCACUCUGACAAUGAGAGCUUUAUCAGAUGGAGUGAUGCUUGAUGCUCUUUUUCUGCCUGCUGCCCCGGGAAACCUGCACUGGAUGCCCCUCCCCCUGUCACAUGAUAACUCUUGGGAGUCUAUCCUAUCACAUGGAGGGUUUUCACCACAUGCCCCGCCCCCAAGCCCCGCUGACAUGAUCGCCACUGCAAAUCAGUUGACCAAUCAAAGACUAGUGUGUGUGUUCGACGCAUGUGCUUUAGGAGCAGAGAAGAUGGAACUGGUGCUAAACCGAGCAUUUCCUUUACGGUAAUGGACGCAUAAUGGAAAUGGAAGGACACAUUGAUAUAAGAGAAGUUUUUUAUGAUUUUUAUACAGCUGCUGUAAACAGAAUCACCCUAUGUAUAAUAUUUAUUUAUUUAUUUUAUUAACAAACAUGUUUUUUAAUUUUAUUAUUAAGUAUUCGAGUAUGGUCCAUGAGGUUUACUAUCCAUGGUAAUAAAAUGUUACCACACAAUUGAUUGA